AAUCACUUAAUUCCUUUCUCUCUCUCUUAAUCAUCAACCCAAAAGAAAAUUAUAAAUCCAACAAAAGGUGGUAGGAGAGCAAGAGAAAAGAAAGGAAAGUUCAAUUCAUACCAGCAUAGCAAAGGAGAAGAGAACUUAUUCAAAGAGAAUAAAAGAAAAACUAUGUGAAAAAAGCCAUCAAACGGAUAGAAAAGAUAGGAAAGGAAAGGAGGAGCCAGAAUGUUUCGUAGGAAAGGUCAGGGAGGCUAGACGAGCAAGAAAGGAGUCUUCUUUAGCUGCUUCCACAACAGCUUUUUUUUUUUGAAAGAGUCCCCAGAAUUGGAAGGUUCAUAAGUCAGGAAACCCUAGCAGGAAGAAGGUAUCUCAAUCUUGUCCUGGUUUUCAAUUUACACAAGAAUAAGGAAUUGGGAUGAUUUUGUCUAUAUGUGUUUGUCAUGAAAGAGCAUGGAUGUUGUUGUAGAUCCUUAAAGAUUAAUUCUCAAUUCAUCUGACUUUCUUUUAGAAGUGGAUGAAUUGUGCCGGCCUCUGUGUUAAUCGAUCAAGUGAAGAUACUAAUGCUAGGAACAUGGGAAAGAAAGGGAGUUGGUUUUCCGCGAUCAAGAGGGUAUUUAUACCGCACUCCAAGGAGAAGUUAGCCGAUGUUAAAACAAUCCAGGAACCAGAGAAGAAUAGCACGAAAGAGAAGAAUAAAAAGAAGGGACUAAGAAAGUUGAGGCAUGGAGACACCAAUUCAUUCAUUUCCUUCUUCAGAGAGCCGAAGCCGAGCAGCAUUGAAAAGAUCCUCGAUGAGGCUGAAAGAGAGCAUAAUCUGAUUUUCAGGCCGCCGACUCCUGAGCAUCCCCAAACACCUCCUUUUGUGCCUCAAAGAGUUCCCUCUCCUAGGGUUCCCUCUCCUAGAGCUUCUUUCCAAAGACUUGCUUCUCCUAAGGCUGCAUCUCCCAGAGUUGCUUCUCCAAAGGUUGCUUCACCUAGAGCUGCGUCCCCUAGAGUGGCCUCCCCUAGGAUUUCUCAACACCGCAGUGAGAUUAGCUACCGGCCAGAACCAACUCUAAGGUAUCGCCAUGCUUCAGCUACUAAGAUCCAAGCUGCUUAUAGAGGUUAUACGGCGAGGAGGAGCUUCAGGGCUCUGAAGGGUCUGGUGAGGCUUCAAGGAGUGGUGAGAGGACAGCAUGUGAAGAGGCAAACAUCAAAUGCCAUGAAAUACAUGCAGCUCUCGGUACGAGUCCAGUCACAGAUUCAGUUAAGAAGGAUCCAUAUGUUAGAAAACCAAGCACGCCGCCAAUCUCAGUACCGAAAUGAUAAAGAAGUGGAGAGUAACUUGGGCAAAUGGAACAUGAGCCAGACAUCUGAGGCAGGUAAUGGAGACUGGGAUGAUAGCGUGCUAACGAAGGGGGAAGUUGAAGCAAGGUUGGAGAAAAAGGUGGAAGCUGUUGUCAAGAGAGAAAGGGCCAUGGCCUAUGCAUAUUCACAUAAGUUGUGGAAGGCUAAUCCAAACUCAAAUCUGAAACCUCAAACAGAUAUCCGAUCUGGUGGAUUCCCAUGGUGGUGGAACUGGAUAGAGCGCUCAUUGCCUCCAUCAAACCCUCCGGAAAGCCAAGCAAUAAAGAAGUUUCAACUUACAUCCCCAAGUCCACAUUCUGAGCUGAAGCGUAGCCCGCGACUGGGGGGGUCAAGCACCAACAAAAACAACCAAUUUGGGUUUGAAAACACAGAUGCUACUCCCACGCCAAGAUCAACAAAAUCGAUGAUAUUCCCUGCAGCAAGGCCAGCACGGACUCCACCUCCAUACAGGAUUUCGCAUAACAGUCCAAGCUUGUCGAAGUACUCAAGAGCAAGAGGCAGCGGAGCAGAUUCUCCAUUCAACUUUCCAAUGAAGGACACUGACAGCCUUACUAGCUGCCCUCCUUUUUCCGUCCCAAAUUACAUGGCUCCCACGGCUUCUGCCAAGGCAAAAGUAAAGGCCAGUCCAAGCAGUAGCUGUGAAUCAAAGAGAAGGUCAUCAUUUCCAUUGACACAAGGCAUUGGUUCUUCUUUCAAAUGGAACAAGUUCUCAAGUAAGGAUUCUACUGGCUCUCAUGGGAUAUUAGACUUGAGUAUUGAUUCAACAGUUUCCAUGCCUGCUGGUGUUGGAAGAAAGCAAUUUAACAGAUUUGUGUGAUUUUUCUCCCUUCUAAUUUUUAACCUUCUGCUUUGUUUAUUUCUUUUUGGUGUUUUUGGUUUGCUGAUUGUGUAUUUGAUGAUAAAUAUUGGGUUACAACAUAGUGAUGUAAAAUAAUAAAUAAUCAUUAGAUGGGAAAUGAUGGUUUGAGUGUCACAGGAUUGAGUUUUUGUAAUAGAUUUGUCAUGAAAGUUCUUUUGUUUU